GUCUUCUUCCAAAACUUCCAUGUCAUCGUUAUUUAACAUUGCAUACUACUAGACUAUCAUAAUAACCGCUGGUCGUUUACAUCACUAGUGGUGCUUUCUUAUGGCACAAAUUGCCAGCGAUUCUCCAAAGCAACCACCGAGAAUCUCACAGUUUCUUCCUACCGUAAAAUGCUCAAGCUGCUUGCAGCCAGUCCCGCUCGCGGAGCUCGGUGACCACGUAUGUUCAUCAGAACCUCCUCCUACCUUACUGUCGCUUCACAAACCGCCCAUGUCCCCAAAAUCAACAAACUCUCUUCUACCACAGAGGUUACAGAAUAUUCUUGUUUCUAAUAGGGCUGGAGCGCUACAACAGCAGCAAUCUGUGACUUCCCGCACCCCGCCCCCUCAUGCUUAUCCACCCAGGUCUUCUCAACAUGAUCCUUUUCAACGAAUACCCCCAACUGUGCAUUAUAAUCCAGGUACUACUCGCAUCAACAGCCCAGCUAGUCCUCCAAUACCACAAUCUAUCCUUCUCAACGGAGGAACAUCCAUUAAUAAGCCCCAUGUUCGUUUUCCAACCCAAUCCACUUCAGAGCGCGUCACCACUCCCAUUCGAAUCGCAACUCCCCCCACACCCACCAGGACACGCACUCCUUCAAACACGGGAAGCACUAGUUCCAGAUCGCCCCUCGCUGUGUCAUCUUUCCCCAAUCCUUUCGAAGAUGAGCCACGUCAGUCAGGUGUAUCUGAACCUGUAGUGGGUCGGUCAGGAACUACAUCACUAGCUCGAAGAGACAAUGUUCCCAUUAUACCGCAGGCGCCGCUCCCAUCAUCCAUGACAAGGACGCCAUCGAAUACCCCUUCUCAUACUUCUAUCAUUCCACCGAGUCUCACUCCGCGUCCGUCAUUUGAUCGCUCACGAACAUCUUCUAUUCUUACAUCUAAGCCAUCGCUGGACAAGCCCCGCCCCUCUUUUGAUACUCCUACUAGACCUUCGUUUGAUGCACAACGUCCUUCUUUCGACAUAUCUCGACCUCACCACCCUACCGAUGCACGACCGCAACCUGUGUCAGUCCCGCGUCCACCCCGCAGUACUUCGACGCUCCCUCUAUCAGGGGGUGUAUCCUUUCUGUCGUCUGCCCUUGCGCCGCCGCCACCACCACCCGCAACCCGCUCGCCAGUGCCAGAUAGUGAACGUAAUAUUGACACAAAAUGCGGAGGCGAGGCUGGUAUGGCUGGCGUUGGACGGAGAGGAUUUGCAGCUGUGGCACGAGCUGCGAUGGCUGCUGCAUCUCAUCCUCACCCUGGCUCCGGUCUACACCGGGAUGCAUCUCUUGCGAUGGACAGUCGUCGGGCAAAUGCUCCCAAGUAUUUGGACCUCAACGCUACCAUGAACCAUGUCAUGCGAGCCGCAAUGACACCCCCACUCUCUCCACACUCGGGACACCCUCAUUCCCCUGUCUCUCCUCACUCCACGUCGCCGUUGUCGCCUCUUCACAACACAACACCGACCACUGGGCAGUUUCCGAAGACGUCGUCCACACCUCCUCAUGACAAGACUGGGGUGCAGUUCCUCUCAUCAUCCCCAAAUCAGAAACUCGCUCCUCUUUCGUCAUCGCCUGCUGACAUCCAUAUUGUUACUCCAUCACGAUCCCCCUCGCCCAUUUCGAAUCCUUUCUCACGACACCUCAGCGGAGAGACCGUGAAUCAAUCACCGUUUGCAGCUGUUCCUGUCCGCCUACCAUUUCUCGACGCGUUUGAUAAGGAACUUGUAAACCGCAUUUGCGAUGAUUCCGACGAUGAGAGCGUGUAUACGACACAUACGGCCGAACCAGGGAGGGGUCAUAGAAGCGGCAUAGAACCCAUGUCCCCAUCGAUUGAUUCAGAAGCGGGGCUAGCCUAUGCAGAUGAUUCUGACAACGACACGCCUGUGGUGAUGCCACUCGAUAUACGCAAGUCAAACGCAGUGUCUGGGAUCAACAAAGUCCAGUUCCCAAGUAUCGAAGAUAGGCAUCAGUCUUCCACAGUUCGGAAGCGGUCAUCGCGGAACGCUUCAGCCUCGUCUGCUCCUACUGCAUCCACCUCGCGAACGAUCGAUGCUAGUCCCAGCCGUACGCGCAGCGCCUCGGCUGCCACCCACACAACAACACGAUCUACUGGAGCGUUGGAACGUGCAAUGGAAACGCUGAUUGAGGAAGGUGCAUCUGUCUCGGUCCUCGCUUCAGGUUCAGUGCUCGCCUCAAUGGCUGGGCCCUCCGGGAGUCGCGCUUCGGGAAAGCCUAAUCGAUCGAAUACAGUACCAGGCCCUGUAUCACCGGAAAGCAGACCACCGAAGCUACCAGCGCGGUCCUAUACGAGCCCGCACCAUCCGCAUAUUCAUUCCGAACGCGUGGGUAUAACGGGUCAAGUCGCGCGAGUAGGGGAACGGUACAAGGCAAAGAAGGACCGCAUUUGUGCGAGCUGUGAUACGAAGGUCGACGAUGGGAGGUGGAUCCAGAUGGAUGGCGGGAAUAUCCUGUGUGAGCGAUGCUGGAAGAACAUGUACCUUCCCAAGUGCCGCCGGUGUAAUCUUCCCAUCGAGAAGCAGGCCGUGUCGUCUUCUGACGGUCAACUGAAAGGCAAAUAUCACAGGGAUUGUUUCAAUUGUCACAUCUGUCAGAAACCGUUCCCGGACAAGGAAUUCUACGUGUUCGAUGGCAAACCACUAUGUGCAUACCACUACCAUGAGGCGAACGACUCACUAUGCGCUGCAGUCUCAUGUGGCCAGCCAAUAGAGGGUCCGUGCGCAGUCACUCACACAGGAAAGCGAUAUCAUCCAGACCAUCUUCUAUGUGAGUUUGAGAACGGCUGCGGAGAGCGGUUGGCAGAAUAUUGGGAGGUAGAUGGUCAGAUGUUAUGUGAGAAACACGUUGCAUUAGCUGGAGGCAGCAGCUGUGCGUCCUCAAGAGGUGAUAGUCCUGAUCCACAACGCAUACGUGACGAGGGACGCGCGAGGAGGCGUAUGACGCGAUUCAUCGACCUCGGGGCUGUAGAAGACGAGAACGUUGACAUCCGGUGAACAUGAUGGACCUUGACAUAUGCAUUAACCUUAUUCUUCAUUUUUCUUUUCUUUUCUCCCGGAUCAUCAGCAAGUGUACUCCCACAUCUUCCACAAGAUAUGUUACCCUUUUAUUCCCUUGCAAUUGAUAUACCACAUUUCUUUUUCUUGACACCAUCUCAAAGGGACUUUACAAGACAUGGACAAGGCUUUUUGCAUCUUCUCUAUCUCUUUCGUUAUACCAACGACGUCCAGCAUUAGGACAGACUUAAAUUGAUGUUUGAGGAGCCUCCAUAGUCAUACGUCUAGCUGCAUCACAAUUCACGUACUCAGACUCGCACUGCAGAUAAAUGGAAGUUGAGA